UUUUGAGGGCUUGUGCGGCACACUUGGCGGGAACUGCAAUAAAAGAUAAGACACGCUCUUUCACCUGCUUCUUCUCAACUCUAGUGUAACUUGUGUAAGGUAAAAUUUGUAGUACAAAGUAUGAUUUAUGUUACCUCAGAGAUUAUCUACCCGAUAUUAAACUAAGGGCUGACGUGUUGUUCUGGCUACACGCGCUAACUUAAGCGCGAGUUAGGGGCCGUUCACACCGACUGUGUUUUAUUUUGUGCGUGCGUCUGCGCUGUUUUUCCAUAGUUUUCCUAUGUAAACGCGCGCUGGACGAACGUCCUGGACUGUUGCACCACGUCUCGUUGUUUCUUCAGUGUCUUUCACUGGACCGGCACAUUUUUAGACAAAACGUCAGGUCUCAAAAACGGAUGUCGAGACAGGAGCGUUCCGUUUCAUUCGGUGCUAGAUCGUUUUUAGCGGAGGUAUCUAAAGAUUUCACGUUCUGAAUAAUAGGGAUUGGCGGAUCGAUACUUCCGGUACUGGUGUGGUAUCAAGAAUAUCGAUCCUCGCAUAAAAAUAUCGAUUCUGAAAGUUUUUUUUUUAAACUAGUGAUCUUAUUAAUUAAAUAACACGAAUAUUAAUGAAUCCUUAUAUUACAAGCGUCGAAUUGGGGAAAAAUCCUUAAAUUAGCGAAUUGUUGCAUGUCACCGGAACUACCCCCCACCAGAAAUGCUAAAAUACGUCAGCAGUUAAAAAACAGCAUCUGGAGUUAUUCACAUCAGGUAAUGACAAACCUUGACGUGAAAUGUAUUUUAAAGGCUUAUUUAAAUUCAGAGUUGUUACAAUUGUUUAAUCCUCGUUAUUAAACGAUACCCUUAUGAAAACUUACCAUGGAUUUACUGUAGUAAUAUUAUAUUAAUCACGACUGUAGUAACCAUGUUUUUUUUCUUCUUCUUUUUUAUGGCAGGGUUUUGAUAAAAUUAACCAUGUUUUUACUACAGCGUUAGUGUAGUAUCCAUAUGGUAACAUGGUUUUAUUUAUAGUAACCAUAUAAUAAUAUCUAUGGUUCAUUUUGAGGUUUUAUAUGUGGCUUAUACUAACUCAUUUUUAAUGGUUAAAUAGCGCAGUUCUGUUUCUGUUCAGAGAUGAUGAAGUACAGAAAAACGUUGCCAUGGUGUUUUAUUAUUUUAAACCGGAUGUACGUGAGCAGUUGUUGUAUAUAAUACAAACAAGAGUACAUUUACACAUUUUAGACCAUUAGACCAAAACAAGUGUAUUGAUGCAUGUGGCUAGAGUCUUUUUAGAGUCAAUAUUUUUGCUUAUUGAUAUUAUGCUUUUAUUUUAUAUCAUCUUUGACAAGAAUUGUAAAGCUAACAGAACUACUCCGCUGCAGAGAUAGACCUGUUACAUCUCUCAUCUCCACCUCUCUCGAGUGCCACCUAACAUAUACAGGAAAAAAUGGAUCAUAUGAUUAAGACAGAAGAGAGGACUGUAAAAAUUGAACUGCCAAAGGGAGCAGAUGGAAAAGGACAAACUUUCCAGUUUUGUUAUGAAAAGGAGGUAUGUUCAGUGCCUUGCGGUGGAUCCAUGACUGUGCUUAAUGCUCUGAAUACAAGCCAAAUUUUCCAAAGAAUUACAAAAAAACCCAAGAACAUGAAUAAAGAAAUACUUAUCCAAAGAAGAUCCAAAGAAGUUCCUAGAGCUGCUGUGAAGAUUAAUUUUCCCUGCUGCCUUUUUGAAGAAGAUGAGAUUGUUGAUGUAAGUUUCAUCAAAAAUGAUGAAAAAGCUUCUACAGAAGCGAAAACAGCUGCAGCUAUUUCAUGCCCAAGUACACCUGAAAAGUUAGUCACCUUCUUUAUUAAAAAGAAUGGAGGCGAGAAAAUAAGACGCUUACUAAAGAGCAACGCCCUGAUGAAAACUGUUGACUACGUUUGCGUUUAUGCAUUCAAAGAGGAGAAACUGAAAACUGCUCUGAAGCACGAUGGACGAUUUAUCAAUGCCAUAUUCAGGAAACACUGUGCGCUAUUGGAGUUAAAUACCCAGAUAAACUAUGAAAUGUCACACAAGGUAGAACAUCUCAAUGGAAAGGUUUUCCAGGUAGUCGUUAUUAGUGACAUCAACCAGCCAGAUAGCCAAGAGGAUUACACACCUGCCGACACUGAAUCUAAUGUAGCUCCAGAAAAUGCUUCCCAAGAUAAUCUGUCGGCACAGAAUCACAAUAAAACGGAGCAAGAAAAACCUCAAAAUGGAAACACAAAAUCUUCUGCAAAAAGUCUUAAAGUCCUAGAAUCCAUUCCAAACUCUGAAGAGAUUAAAAAAAUUCUGUGUGAUCAGUUUAAGGAUUUACUGAAAACGCUAAAAGAGCGGGAGAAUCUCAGGGACAACUUGCAGGUCCAGAAGUUCUUCAGAGCUGAAUAUGAUAAAAGUGUUCAGAGCUUCUCUGAGGUGAAGAAGGUGAAGCAGCUUAUGGGGCUAUCUGACUCUGUAUGUCUGAUUAUGGUGAAGGGGUCUGCUAGAGGAACUGGCUUCUUACUAUUCGACAGAUUUAUCCUCACCAAUGCACACGUUAUCAGGGAAUUUGACCCUUUUACAAAAAAGCUUUCGAAGACCUUCACAGCAGUCUUUGGAUAUGAAGAUGUGGAAUUUAAGGAGACCAAGAGUCUAUCAAUCAAGGAACAUUUUGUAGCGUGCUAUCAUGGAAUGAAUGACACAGGCAUGCAUCUUGACUUUGCUCUUCUUGAAUUGAGCAUUGAUGAAAGGAUCGGCUGUCCUGAAUUGCUGAGUCGUUGCAGCCACGGCCCUACUCCCAACAGAGGUGGGAUCUGCAUUGUGGGACAUCCAGCAGGUGGUGUUAAGAAAAUGGACCCCUGCUUCAUCAUUGAGAGAGAGAAUCGAAAGGCGGCGGUGAAUAAACACAAAUCGGAGAAUGUCGAAUUAAUUCAUGUUAUGACAAAACAGAGUAUUGAUCAGAAAUGGGAGUUUAGAGAACCUGAAAACCUGAUGACUUAUAACACUUGUUUUUUUCAUGGAUCGUCUGGCUCUCCAGUGUUUGAUGAAGACUGCUAUCUGAUUGGUAUGCACACCGGUGGCUAUGAUUACAAAGGACAUGGAGGUAAAACUAGGAGCGUUAUAGAGUAUGCCUAUUCCAUGGAGCCCAUCCUGGAAAGUAUUGUCAAAGAAGUCGAAAAAAGUGGGAGAUUUGACAUCUUAAAUUUACUGUCUGAAUUUAAAUCGGGCAAUGAUGUGGAAAUGACAGAAGAACCACAAAACCAGGAAGACUGAAUAUGAGAAACGGGACAGUGUCCAGAAAGAAGCCACUCACACAUUUCAAUGUCCAUCUCUUUGGAAGGAAAUAUCAAACUCAUGUUUUUAUUACAUUACAUAUAUUUACACAUGUAUCUAUGAAUGUAUUUUUCAUACAGUACAGUUUCAUUCAAUUAUGUGUUGGAUUAUAAGUGGUAUGACCAUUAGAAAUUUCUAGGCUAAUACUUCAAAUCCUUAUAAAUGUGCUUGACUUAUUGCAAUACGUUCUCCAUUUCCAUGCAUUGACAAAUGGUCUUUGAUUUAUCCUGUGUUAAGAAUGCAACACAUUUUACUAGAUAUCUUCCAUGUUUUACUUUUUGCUACUUAGAAAUACAUCUGUACCCAUAUAAUCUUGUAUUUUAUCAUUCCAUUUUUUUGUUGCCGUUUAUGCCACAUUUGCACUAUAUAAUCAUGCUUGACCAUUUUUGGCCUUUUUUUUUUGUCAAUUUUUUUAAUAGAUUUAUUUUUAUUGAUAUGAAAAUGUCUCAUUACACCUCUGAAGGAGGCUCACAGAUUUAUGUACAAUGAAUCUAUUUGACAGACGAGUGAUCUAAUAUGAGAAACAUGCAAUAAAAUGUGUAUGUCUA